AUGCCGCGCCUCUGUCUGGCCCUGCUCCUCCUCGCCGCGCGGGCCGCGGCGGAGCCGCCGGACCACGACCCAUGCACGUGCUUAUCACAAAGCUGCGGCUUAAGCUUCGGAACAGUGGCUCAACUGGAUCUCACCGUGCCCCUGGACCGCCUGAAGAUCGUGCCCUGCGUGGGCGACAGCGACUGCGAAGACGCCCCCCAACCCGUCGAGGGGCCGUACUACGAGGGGUGCUGGACCGUCGCCGAUGACCCGCCGUUCCCUUCGAACGAGCUCCCGGUGUCGCUCUGCGCGGAGCCGCGCCGCCGCCGCCUCCUCUUCGCAAACCACGUCGUAAAUUCGGCGUACGUCGUCACCGGCGACCUCGCCUUCGACGGCAUCACGUACGAGACAGCGCUGGCUAGCGUCGACGUGUUCGUGGCCGCGGUUGCAUCAUUGUGCGGAGUGGACGAGUCUGCAGUAUCCGUGGUGAUUUCCCAGGCCCGGCGCCGUCACCUCAGUCGUCGUCGCCUCGACGACGGCGAGACCGGCUCGGUGAAGGUCGAGUACACCGUGGCCGUAGAGACCGAGUACGAGGCUGCAUCUGCCAGCACGUUGAUCGAAGACAGCUCGCCUGAGGACGUAAGCACCGCGGUGAACACGGCCGCUACCAAAGCUGGUGUUGAUGAAGAGUUUGCGGACGUCGAAACGACGGCGGUCGGGACGCCUACAACGGAGGUGGACGACCGCUGCUUCUUCGUGAGGGGGACUUCUCAGGGAAGCCAAUUCUGGACGGACGGCAUUUCACUCGACGACGUGGGCGACAACGCCGACGAGGUCUUCAAGUGCGCCGCGGCGAGCCUCGCCGACGUGUCGCCGGACCGCGUCGAGCUGCUGAAAAUCGAGCAGGGCAGUCCCCCCAUGCCCCAGGUCAUCGCGAGCUUCCUCAUCGCCGUGAGCGGCGAGGCGCAGGCGCUGGCGGUCCAGAGGCGGCUCGCCGGCCCGCCGCCGCCCCCGCCGCCCGUCUCGCCCCCCGGCUUACCCGGCUUGCCGCCGCCGCUGCCCGGUCCGUUCGCCGGCAAGACCAAGGCGGACGCCACCGCGGCGAUCAGGGCGUGCGCCCUGAAAAAGAAGGCCCCGUCGGUCUGGCAGGAGGCGUCGGUCGACCCGUUCGUGGGAGGGAAGGAAGCCAAAAUCGUGCCGGAGCGGCCGAUCCCGGCGGGCGUCCAGGGCUGCUGCUGGGGCUCGGCCGGGGGGAACGUCGGGCCCAUUGAGCCGAUCGAGCCCAUUCCUCUAGACCCGGAGGCCAACGAAGGCCCCCCCGCCCCGCCGCCGACGCCUAUGGAGAUGACGACGACGACGACCAUGACGACGGCGCCCUACAACUCUACGGCGUAA